CGUAAGCCUCCAUAGCCAAAUCUGCUUUUGUCUCCUUCCUUCAAGCCAUCUCUUCUUCUCUUUCUUUCUGAUUCCUUCAGAUAAAACUUCAUCACCCGCUCCUCUUUCAAGGCAUGUGUUUCCUCUAGUUCUUUGUUCUUAUUUUAACAGAGAAAGUUUCCGCUGAUGUCACAUUUGGGGAUCAUUCCUCGAAAGUGUUGAGCUUUUGGAACAGGAGUUACGCAAAGUACAAGAUUUUAUCAUCCUGUCAGACCUGAUCUGCGUCAUCUGUGCAAGUUUUAAAGUUUCAUGUGUCGCUACUUGAACCGCCAGUUGUAAAGGCGGAUCUUGUCAAGAGACAGUCUUGAUUGGUGUAAGAAAUCAUGAACAGGCAUAGACUUGUGUCAACGGCACAAGACGAAUGCAAUAAAGGACUUCAUCAACCUUGCUCGUCUUCACUAUCUCCGGUCCAUAACUUUCUAAAUCUCCAGCCAGAAAACAGAAACUCUCCAUUCAUAGGAUCACAUUCUCCAGACUCACCAUGGCCAAAGAACAGUCCUCAAGGCACAUUCUCACGGUCCUCCACCUUCUGCACAAAUCUUUACAUAUCAUCAUCUUCAACCUCUGAGUCUCAGAAACAUCUAGGAAACACUCUUCCUUUCCUCCCUGACCCCUCCACUAACAGCCAGCCUCCUUCUGCUGUGGAGUCUGCAAGAUCUCCAUCUAUCUUCAGUGAAGAUAUGAGCAAUCCAUUUGAUGGAGACAACACCCUUGUCAAAGAUUUCUUUAAUCUCUCCGGGGAUGCUUGCUCUGAUGGAGCCUUUCAUGAUCUCGACUGUUCAAAUGACAGCUACUGCUUAUCAGAUCAAAUGGAGUUGCAGUUCCUGUCUGAUGAACUUGAGCUGGCCAUCACAGACCGCUCCGAAACUCCUAGGCUUGAUGUAAGUUUCUCUCCAUCUCUUAUGAGUUUUGCACCACUUAUGGACUUAUCUUUUUGUUUGAAUCAGGAGAUCUAUGAAACCCCAUUGGCUUCAUCAUCAAAUCCAGUGACAGGACUGAGUCAAACCCAAAGAAGCCUCUCUGGAGCAAUGACCAUUGAGGCAGUUUCAUCCCACCCUUCUCCAGGAUCAGCAGCAGCAUCAAACCUCAAGCCGAGAAUGAGAUGGACCCCUGAGCUCCAUGAGAGCUUUUUAAAGUCUGUGGACAAGCUUGAAGGGCCUGAAAAGGCCACUCCCAAGGCUGUUCUGAAGCUCAUGAAUGUUGAGGGCUUGACGAUCUAUCAUGUUAAAAGCCACUUACAGAAGUAUAGACUAGCCAAGCAUAUUCCAGAGAAAAAAGAAGAAAAAAGGAAUGUUAACACAGAAGAGAAGAAACUGGCUUUGAGUAAUAAUGAAGCUGCUGAGAGAAAGAAAGGGGCAAUGCAGUUAACCGAAGCUCUGCGUAUGCAGAUGGAAGUUCAAAAGCAAUUGCAUGAACAGCUCGAGGUGCAACGGGUGCUUCAGCUACGAAUAGAAGAGCAUGCUAAGUACUUGGAAAAGAUGUUGGAAGAACAACGCAAAACUGGAAUGCUUAUGUCUUCUUCUUCUUCUCAGACAUCAGAUUGUCAAAACAUGUCCAAAACCGAAGUAUCUUCUCUGUCUCAGCCAAAGAACAUAGCUUCUGAAACCGAAGAUGAUAAAUGUGAAUCCCCUCAGAAACGUCGCAAGGUUGAGAACAACACUGAAUCUGAAGAUCCUCCUGAGAGAUAGCAAGCAGGUGGUGUCACUCAAAAGUAGAUGUUUGUGAUGUAGUAUCUUGAGGAUGUUCCCUUUUAUUUGCUUGUUAUGUUUAAGGAUUCUUUAAGUCUACUUUAAUGACAAACAUAUACACUCAAGAUUGCAAUAUCAAAAGGGUGAUUAGAAUC